UUCAAACCCAGUUCUCUCGAAUCUGGGUGCACUUUGUGAUACGACUCUGAGGGGUCAAGGUUUGAGGCCGUCAGUGCCAUCGCGAGCAUGCCACGCCGUCCAUUCUUAACGGCAGUCUUGCUGGUCUCCCAGUUUCUUGGUUCUGUCGCAGCAGGAUGCAGCUCCCCUGGCUAUUCCAUCUCCUCCCCCGCCGGCAGCGAUGACAUCUCCAGCUGCACGACCUUUGACGGCUCCAUCUCCCUCCUCUUCGGCGACAAGCCCUCGGCAUGGCAAUCCUCCAACGCCGUCGUCGAUCUGGGCGACAUCGUAACCAUCACGGGCGACCUUGUCAUCUACGCUGACUCCCGUCCUCAGCGGACCACCGUCAUCGCCUCGAAGCUCAAGGCCAUCAAAGGUGGGAUCACCAUCCAGAAUAUCGAUUCCACCGGCACGGUUCGAAGCCUCAGCAUCUCGUUUCCGAGCCUGGAAUCCGUGGGUCGUGGAUAUGCCAUCACCGGCGGGAUCAGCGAGGUGGCGAUCCAACAUUCCGACAAGCUCACUGUUGGAAAGUUGUUCCAGGCGUGGGGUACCGACGUGGACGAAUUCCACGUUGGAGGGUUGGUCACCAUGGACGGGCAAUUGACGAUCAAUACAAACCCCAGCAUGAAGACACUGGAUAUCGGGGAUCUUGUCACGGUGACCAGCUUCCUCCGGAUACAACAGAAUGACGUUUUAUCGUCCGUAUCUCUCAACUCGUUGCAGACCGUGGGGGCAGACCUGACCUUUGACGGAAAUCCCAAACUGGUGGAGCUGGAACUGCCAGCCCUCCAAUUCGCCGAGACUCUCUCCUUCGCUUCGAACGGGCAGAAAUUCGCCGUCUCGCUACCGCAGCUUUCCUCCCUCGGCAAGCCGAACACGACCAGCACGUCCACCAUCCAAGACAUUGACGAGAUAGACCUGCCGUCUCUCCGGAACGUGACGGGCGAUCUCGCCUUCCAGUCCACCUCGCUCACCGACCUGACCAUCCCGAUCCUGACGCAUGCGGUCGGCAGCAUCACCGUGGAGGACAACUCCGCCAUGACGACGCUCGCCUUCCCCCGACUGCGCUCGAUGAAGAACAUAUUCAUCUCCGGCAACGACGGGCUGAACAACUUCACGGCCAACGCGUUGGCAACCGCCGGAACAAUAUCCAUUAAGGGGCCGGCGCUGACGAACGUCGAGUUCUUCGGCUUGAAGGAGGUGACGUCGGACUUCAAGAUCGUGGGGGCCGCCUCGAUGGAUUGCUCCUGGUUCGACCAGAACAUCAAGCCGAUCGUCAAGGGGAGCUUCUCCUGCGUCGGAAACCACGCCCAGCCGGCAACGGAGAGGAAGCCGAGCACCGGGGGGAUUGAGAAUACCGACGGGGAGCCGCCGCGAAGCGAUCCCACGGCGGAGGCCGGAAAGGCGGCGAGCGGUCUUUCCCGGGGGGCCAAGGCUGGAAUUGGCAUCGGCGCAGCUGCUGGUGUCGUCAUCCUUGUGGGCUUGGCUGCGUUCCUAUUCUUUGCCAUUCGGAAGAAGAGGCGGCUACCGAAGGAGCACCGAAAUGACGUGCAAGGUUACCCUCCGAAGGGAGACACGGACACGGACGGUUCGGAGGUGUUCGACGGGAGGCUGAGGAUGGGGGUGCACACGACGAUCAGGGCUGUCCCCUCGCGUGAUAAGGGGAGCCCCGAGUUGCCAAUGCUUGAGUUUAACAAGUCUCUAGGCUUGGACAAGUAGAAGGGCCGCGAAGAAGGACACGGGGUUGCGAUUAGGGAUUAUCAUGAUGCAUUAUGGGUUGUAGGUUCUGACAACCACGGGGCGCUACCCUGAGCGUAUAGUUAAUUACUUAUUUAAUGGUUUUUCUCCAAUUCUUGACCACUACGUUUCGACGCAAAGGGUUCUUCUUCAUUGACAUCUAC